UAAGUCGUUUAAGUGUAACCCAAAAUAUCUGAGCUCCUAUAAGAAUAUUGAGAUAUGUAACUUCAAUUUCUCUCGUUUUACACCAAAAUGGAAUUUGAUGCCUCACAAUUCUUGGAGCAUUAUUUGUGGCAACACCUACACUUCACUUUCUUCUCCGUUUCCCUUUUCUUUGUCUCGCUUCUCUUUUUGUUCAUACGCAAAAGAUCACAAAAACUCCUUAACUUACCACCAUGUCCCCCAGGCUUACCAAUAAUCGGAAACCUCCACCAGAUUGGGAACCACCCUCACCGAUCCCUCCGAUCCCUGUCCGAAAAGUACGGCCCUCUCAUGCUCUUACACUUCGGCCGUGUCCCCACCGUCAUCGUUUCCUCUCCAGAUAUCGUCAAGGAAAUCGCCAAAAACUACGACGUUGUUUUCUCCGACAGGUUCACGUCCACGGCCUCCGACGUCCUCUACUACGGCGGGAACAACAUCGUCUUUGCUCCCCAAGGGGAGUACUGGAAGCGAGCGCGCAAGCUCUGCGUCCUGGAGCUCCUGAGCCCCAAAAGGGUUCAGUCGUUCCAGUCGGUUAGGGAAGAAGAAGUGUCGUCGUUGGUUGAAAGGCUCCGAAAAGCUUCCGUCGACGGGGUGUCGGUAAAUCUCACGGAGAUGUUGAUUUCGACGUCGAAUAACGUGAUCUCGAGGUGUAUUUUCGGGAGGAGCCUUGGCGGCGAAGAGGAAGAAGGGAGGAGAGUUGGGGAGGUGGUGAGGAGGGCUAUGGUGCAGCUGAUGGCGUUCAGCGUGGGAGAUUUCUUCCCAUCUUUUGGAUGGAUUGACGUUCUUAGAGGGUUUGUGGGAGGAUUGAAAUCAAGUGUUGGAGAUUUGGAUGCUUUUUAUAAUCUUUUGCUUGAAGAACGUAAUAAGGCAAUGAAUAGUACUGAGUCGUCCGGCGUGAAGGACUUUGUGGAAAUUCUGCUCCAACUUCAGAAAGGUAACGUGUUUGAUAUGGAGCUCACUCAUGAUCACCUCAAAGCUAUCGUUCAGGACAUGUUUUUUGGAGGAAUUGAAACCACUUCCAACAUAUCUGAGUGGUUCAUGGCAGAAAUAAUGAGAAGGCCAAGUGUACUGAAAAAAGUCCAAGAAGAGGUAAGAAGAGUAGUGGGAGAAAAGGCAAAGGUUGAAAUGAAUGAUAUUGAGAAAAUGGAUUACUUCAAAUGUGUUGUCAAAGAAACUCUCAGGCUACACCCACCAGCACCUCUUUUAGUCCCUCGGAAAACAACCGAAGAUGUCGACAUCGGUGGCUACCAUAUUCCGGCGGGAACUAGAGGCCUUAUCAAUGGAUGGGCGAUCCAAAGGCAUCCAGGUUCAUGGGACAAGCCAGAGGAGUACAUCCCAAAGAGGUUUGAGAACAACCCUGUUGAUUUUAGAGGCCAAGACUACUUCCAAUUUAUUCCGUUCGGCUUUGGGAGAAGGAGAUGCCCCGGGAUCAAAUUUGGGGUUGUAGGCGUUGAAUAUUUGAUUGCCAAUCUUUUGUAUUGGUUUGAUUGGAAAUUGCCUGCAGGUGAGAAGGAAGAAGACUUGGACAUGAGUGAAGUUUAUGGUAUUGUAGUUCAUAAGAAACUUCCUCUUCAUCUUGUACCAAUACCUUUCCCUUGAUUUAUAUGUGGAGAUUCUUGCUAUGAGUCUUCAAUUAAACAAGAUGGAGAAAAAAAAAAAUAGAAGUAUUCUAUCUGCAAGGAAAUAAGAAUUUAUGGACCUUAAUUUUUAUUUUUAUUU